UGCGGGACCGCAGCCGCGGGGAGCCUCGCCCCGGCCGGGAGUUACCGCUGCGUUCCUGUGUUAGGGACACUUCUGGCUGUAUUUCUCGUUGCACUAAGAAGACAGCAAGCUCAGGAAGAGGAGCUGGGAAUCAGCCACCCAGUGCCCUUGCCCAGUGUCCCUGAGACAUUUGUUAAGAAGAACAGUGGUGGCAGCUCUUGCCUCUCUCUGGAAGGCAGCAGCCCAAUGCACUCGACAAGCACAGCCAUGACAGCAGCUAGUACACCACCAGAGGGACGGAUGCUCAUUCAGGACAUCCCUUCCAUCCCCAGCAGAGGGCACUUGGAGAGCACGUCUGAGUUGGUUGUGGACUCCGCCUACUACAGCAGUUUUUACCAGCCGUCCCUGUAUCCUUGUUACAACAACCUGUACAACUACUCCCAGUACCAGAUGGCAGUGGCCAGUGAGCCUUCCUCAAGUGAGACAGGGGGUACGAUUGUAGGGUCGGCCAUGAAGAACAGCCUUCGAAGUCUCCCAGCAACAUACAUGCCGAGCCAGUCAGGAAAACAGUGGCAGGUGAAGGGCAUGGAGAGACACCACGCUGUCAGCUCCCAGUACCGGAUGUGUUCCUACUACCCACCUGCUUCCUACCUGGGACAGGGGGUUGGCGCUCCCAUGUGCCUCCCCCAGAUCCUGGCCUCUGAGGACAUCCCCUCCUCCUCGGAGUCAAAAGCAAGAGUGUUUUCGCCGCCCAGCAGCCAGGACUCCGGGCUGGGGUGCCUGUCGAGCAGCAGCGAGAGCACCAAGGGGGACCUGGAGUGCGAUCCCCCGGCGCAGCCCGGCAGCUUCGCCAUGAGCCCGGUCCAGGAGGGCGGCGAGUAGCGGCGGCCCUGGCCGGGCAGGGCGGUACAGCAGCAGCGUUCUCGGUUUGCUUGUUCUGUUUGGGGAUUGCGGGGGACGGGCGGGGGGUGUUUGGUUUCUUCUUCCCAGGUGCGGGGCGGGACGCCAGCUUCCCCGA